GGAGGAGACAAGACAGGCCAACAGAAUUUGUUGAGCGAGUUAUAAAACCGUAUUUUAACAAACUCUGUUACUUUACUGUAUUAUAUUGACGUUUUAAGCUUCAGUGAUGUCCGGGGAAGUUGUGUGUCCAAAGCCAGAGGAGGUGAGGGACGCCGAGGCUGAAAACGGCGUUGAAAUCAUCAUCAAACUAACCAGCGGAGAUUCACAAAAUAAUAACGACCAGAAUGUAAAUCAGCUCACCAUCUGUAAUGACAUCAGACAAAACCACAGUCGGGUUUCAAAAGAGUUAUUUCAGGCUAUAGGUGAAGAUGAUGAAGAUGAUGAUGAUGACGACGAUGACAGUGGCACGCAUUAUCUGAAUGGUGACGAUAGACCCUGCACACAUCUACAGAGAGCAGAGAGACCAGGAAAUGGAGGACUGCCGGACACCUUCCAAACAGACCAUCUUCUGUACUAUGAAAGAUUCAAGGCCUAUCAAGAUUACAUGCUUGGUGACAGUAAACCAUCUGAAGUACAGUCUUUCACAGCUGAAUACUUGGAGAAGAUCGUGGAGCCAUGUGAUUGGCAAGCCAUAUGGCACACCGAUGUAUUUGAUGUGCUGGUUGAAGUUGUUGACGUUGAUUGUAAAGCGCUGAAGGCAAAAGUAGAGCUGGUGCUGCCGAUGGCGUGUGAGACCAGAGGCUGUGAUCUUACUGAAGAAUCCAUGAAGGCUCUGCUGGAGGCUACACUUCAUAAAGUACCUCUUAUGGAGCUCUCGGUUGUCUAUGAUGAGCCUGGAGACUUUGAUCAGACUGCUUUGGCCCUGGAACACCUCAGGUUUUUUUAUAAACAUAUCUGGAGGAAGUGGGAUGAGGAGGAUGAAGAUGAUGACUUUGAUUACUUUGUGAGAUGUGUGGAGCCUCGUCUCAGGCUCUACUAUGACAUUUUGGAGGAUCGUGUUCCAGCUGGUCUUGUAGCAGAGUAUCACUCAUUGCUGGCGCUGUGCUCGGAGAAGUUUCAGGAGUUCUCCAGCCUGAGAAGUGACCUGAACAGUGACUCCGAAUCUGAACAAGACAACGUGUCUAUGGUUGAAGGGCUGCGCAUGUACGAGCAGCUGGAAGCACUUAAGCGCAAGCUGCGUAUUAUUGAAAACCCACUGCUCAGGUACGUUCUGGGCUACAAGGUGAAUUCCGGUCAGCAGUCAUGCCGGGCCAAAGGGCCACGUCCUGCCGGCGGCCGAGUAGUCCACUUGGUAUCUGCCUCAGCUACAGUUCACCAGCUUCAAAGCUUAAUAACUGACAAACUGAUGCCCUGCUACUCGAGUGAAGAGUUUGAAGUCCAGUUUCACAGUGACCCAGUGCUUGCGGUCAAUGCGUGCUUUGAGGGGGAUGUGGUCAUUGUCUGUCCUGGUCUUUACAGCAUCACCAGCUCCAUCAGUAUUGUUGACUCCAUCGAGAUUGAAGGAUACGGUCUGCCAGACGAGGUGGUGAUCGAGAAGCGUAACAAGGGUGAUGCUUUUGUGGAGUCAACAGGAGCAAACGUCAAACUCUCAAAUAUAAAGUUCAUACAGCGCGACGCCAUUGAAGGCAUCUUAUGUGUUCGCCAGGGGAAGCUGGAAAUGGAAAAUUGUGUGAUGCAGUGUGAGACCACAGGUGUGAUUGUGCGAUCAGCAGCACAGCUCUCCAUGAACAUGUGUGACCUGUAUGGCUCCAAGGGGGCCGGUGUGGAGAUUUACCCCGGGAGUGUGUGCAGUCUGGUUGGCAAUGGCAUCCAUCACUGCAAGGAGGGGAUCCUGAUUAAGGAUUUUGCAGACGAGUUGGAUGUCACGCCUAAAAUCACCAUGGUGAAUAACGUGAUCCACAACAAUCAGGGCUACGGUGUUAUCUUGGUCAAGCCAGGUGACUCUACAGUGGAGGAUCUUCCUGCAGAGCUCAAUGCCACAGAUGUGAAAGAGGAAGAAUAUGAAGACACGGGUGUAAAACCAGAUGCAGAUAUGAAUGAUGAUGAAGAUGAUGUUGGGGUGGAUAUUCCCAUCAUUGUGGUAGAGGAAGAGUGCCCAGCCAUCAAAUACAGCUGCACAGUUCCUCCAGACUGUGAGGGAAAUGAUGCCAUCAAACAAGAGUUAGUUGCCACCUCGGCCAGAAAACUUGGGCGUCAGAAGAGCCGGAUGAAAGCGUUAGGUGACAUGCAGGCUGAUGAGAAUCUACUCUCACAGGAAAUGUUCAUUUCCAUUCAUGGAAAUCAAUUUAAGCACAAUGGAAAGGGGAGCUUUGGUACCUUCCUGUACUGAAGCAUCUCAAUGCAGGCCUGCACACACACUUUACCCUUUAAUUAUUUAUUGUGUAAUUCUUCGAUUUUUGCUUCGCUUACUUUGUAAGCUAGUAUUAAUUACUGUGUGAAUGUAACGAAAGAUGAAUUAAACGCGCUAACAUUUCUAGCCUUUUAAACAUUCUAUUUUUAAAUGGUCUUUUUUUAAUAACGUUUAUAAACACUGAAAUACAAGGACACAUAAUUACGCCAAAAGAGUGUUUACAUUUUCUGUUCACACCAUGUUCUGUUUCAGAACAAACAUGUUCAUAGACACAAAUAAUAUGUUUGUUUUUCUUCAGGGUUCAUACAGUUCAUGUUUUGUCCACACAUUAAUUUAAUGGUUCAUACAGUCACUAAUAAGCACUCAAAUAUUUCUGGUUCCUACAAAGUCCUUUGGACCUUCCCCCCUUGAUUGUUUCUCUUAUUUUUUUUUUAUUUUUGAAGUAAUAAAGAUGUUUUAUUGUUCUAAA